AUGUGAGUCUAUGCACGCCCCUUUCUUUAAGCCAAUGGCUGGGUGAGUCAUGAGAGGCCUGGAGCUCCAGCCCAAGCCUUUAUUAUCCGCAGCCGCUGUCUCCUGGCUCCACUAUACAGUCGGCUGCCGGCCAUGGCUGGAUCCACCGUCGGGGAGCGCGUCGGAUACAUCACCCGGGUCCAGAGCUUCAGCGCCUGUCAUCGUCUGCAUAGCGUUCACCUCAGCGAAGAAGAAAAUAAAGAGGUCUAUGGGAAAUGCAACAAUCCUAACGGCCAUGGACACAACUACAAAGUUGAGAUAACCGUGCGUGGAAAGAUUGAUAGCAUCACCGGUAUGGUAAUGAACCUGACGGACUUGAAGAGGUCUAUAGAGGAAGUCAUCAUGAAUCCACUGGAUCAUAAGAACCUAGACAAGGACGUACCAUACUUUGCCAAUGUUGCCAGCACCACUGAAAACCUGGCUGUUUACAUAUGGGACAACAUGGCCAAGGCCAUCGCACCAAGUAAACUCUAUGAAAUAAAAAUUCACGAGACAGAUAAGAACAUUGUUAUAUACAGAGGAGAGUAGUAAUCAUAUGUACGUGCUGUUCAUAAACGGCUUCAUGUUUCGUGGAUUGAAAAUAAUCUUUGCCAGACCGGCACGGGUGUCUUCAGUCUGGUACUAGUUGCAGAUUAACAAGAUUUGUGGCCCCCCUUCUGCAGAGAAAAUCCCAUAAAAGACAGAUCUUAUUUCUUUUUUUUUAUUUCCACCAUGACAGUUCUAUUGUCACUUUUAUACUAAAUAUAAUUUAAAUAGACCAAUAUUAAUCCUGUACAAUUCAUUUGUGAUUAGGGAUUGUUGACCCCUUUGUGUGUGUCCUUGUAUAAGUAUGUAUUAAUACUGAAAAUACAUCAUUAAACAUGUGUAUAUUG